CACCGAGGCUGAAGUUGUUUCAUUCCCACCCACUUCCGCCUGUCUAUAACUCAGUACAACCCCAGACCCCUCACAGACUCUCCCGAGAAGGAAAACAGCAAACUCGCUCCGAACAACCUCAGAAAAACAAUCAAAGCACAGUACCCUUCUGCGCCCCAGGAGUUACAAGUUAACGAACUCACCAUGGGCCAAAACUGCCUUCAGUGUAUGAAAUACUUGUUAUUCAUCUUCAACCUUAUCUUUUGGCUGGGAGGAUGUGGGAUUCUCGGAGUCGGAGUGUGGCUGGUGGUAACACAAGGGAACUUUGUGACCCUCUCCUCAUCCUUUCCAUCUCUCACCGUUGCCAAUUUCUUCAUCGCUGUCGGGUCCGUGAUCAUGAUCGUGGGAUUUCUUGGCUGCCUCGGAGCUGUGAUUGAAAACCGCUGCCUUCUGCUUACCUUCUUCGUGGUGCUUCUGAUCAUCUUCCUCCUUGAAAUGACUGUUGGAAUUGUAUUCCUGUGUUGCCAGGAUACAAUAAACCAGUAUGCGAAGAAGGAGCUGAAGAAAGGACUUCAGUUCUACAACACAUCUGGACACAGCGAUUUGACCAAUGGCUGGGAUAUUGUGCAGAUGGAUUUCCGGUGCUGUGGUGUCAUCCGCUAUGACGACUGGUUCUCUGUCUUAAACGGAAGUAAGGUGCCCGUUUCCUGCUGCUUCAAGCUGAUCAACAACUGCUCGAGCAUCCCUGAUAUCUGGUGGAAAGACCCAUGCUACGACAAGGUUAUCAAGUGGCUGAAGGAAAACAUUGUGGCGAUCUGCAUCUUUGGACUUUGCAUCCCAGUGCUACAGAUCCUGGGCCUAAUCUUCUCCCUGGUGAUGUACUGCCAACUUGUCAAAGCAGAUAAGCACUACAGCUGAAAAGCAGUUCCUUCUUUUAAAAUUUCACUACAUAUUUUACAUCUCCCUGGACGCCUGCCUCUGUGAAAUCCGGGAUUCCGUUUCUUCAUCACUAGUGUCUGGCACCUAGGCCAUCUGCAAGUAGGCAACAUAAUGGGUCCCUUCUAUGGGCUCACGAUUCAUUCUGUGGUAUUUUCUGUACAGGAUUUUUUUUUUUGCCACCUCAGACAUCAUGAUCUUGGCCUAUGCUCAGCAUCGUACUGAGUGCAGGAUAGGGUCACCGCAGAGCUAAGUACAAGUGACCAAAUAAUAAUGUAACUGCUUCCCACUGAUGUCACCUGCAAGGGUCAGUGCAGCUAAGCCAAUCCUCCAUCAACCCCUACACAUCUGUUUACACACGUUGGUGAGAUCCGACGGAAAUUGAGGGACUGCUUUUGUCAAUCACCUCCUCUCCAUCUGCCACGUUUCCCGGUAUUAAGCAUUUUAAUUCCUAUCCCCAUUCCCAUUCCAACAUGGCUCUCCAUGGUCUCCUCCUUUGACACAAUGAGACCACUCUCAGGGUGGAGGAGCUCAUAUUCCGUCUGGGUAGCCUCCAACCUGAAGCUAUUAACACCCAGUUCUCCUUACAGUAAAAAUUUCCCUCCCCCUUCCCUCUUCUAUUCCCCACUCUGGCCUCUUACCUCUUCUCCUCAGCUGUAUAUCACCUCCUCCUGGGUCCCCUCCUCCUUCCCUUUCUCCUAUGGUCCACUCUCCUGUCCUAUCAGAUUCCUUCUUCUCCAGCCCUUUAUCUUUCCCAACCAUCUGGUUUCACCUAGUCCUCCCUCCCCUCCCCCACCUUUUUAUUCCGGCAUCUUCCCUCUUCCUUUCCAGUACUGAGGAAGGGUCUUGGCCUGAAACGUUGACUGUUUAUUCACUUUCGUAGAUGCUGCCUGGCUUGUCAAAUUCCUCCAACAUUUUGUGUGUGUUUCUCUGGAGUUCCAGCAUCUGCUGAACCCCUUGUUUGGAGUCUGGAGGAAAAUGCUUUCAGUGUACAAUCAGCCUUUCUCAAAGCCCUAACUGGUAGCCAAGGAGCAUAGGUCAGCGCUGAAGACUUAUGAUCUGAUUCCGUUUAUGGUAUUUUGUAGAAACAAACUUUGUAGAAACACAUUCUUGUAUGUCCAAUCACAUGACUUUGUUCCUUCAGCUGCGCGCUCCCUUACUUGUGCCAUGGUCACCUGAUAUGUCCACCCCCAUGAUGCCAUGCCUACUCAAAGCCAAUAGCAAUGCAAGUUCUUCCAUUGGAGUAUUCUUGACUGUCAGUCAAAAUGACUCCUAUGCCCUCCAUGUCCAGAAUUUUAAGCAACUGUAUAUUUUUGUACAAAUAGAGACUGGAAAUAAAAACCACUAAUCAUGAUACAGAAGACUAUUCGGCCCAUUUACAUUUUCCAGCCCUUUCAUUCCUCCACCUUGUCUUUUGUCAUUUUAAGCAUGUCCUGUGAAAACCAAUGUUGAACCUACUUCCACCAAAUUUUCCUUUUUAUCUCUUUGAAGAUUAUUGCAGCCCACUGCAUAAUAAAAUGAAGAAUUCUUAUCAUCUCCCUUCUGGCUCUUUUGCCAAUUAUCUUAGAUUUGCAUUGCCUGCUUGUCAUCUCUCCUGUCGCUGGAAAAAGCAUCCAAACCCCUCACAGGGACCUAAAAGCAAACGGUUUUCUGCUGGUGGUGAUAAACUCUUGGCGGGAGAGGCGAGAAAGGUGGCGUAGUGCCAUUUCUGUCUCAGCUUCAAAAGCCCAUGUACCCACUCUAGGAUGAUUCAAACCUGUGGCCCAUGGAAAUGCCGUCUUUCAGUAAAUCAAAAAGUGAAUGGCUUGUAACAUGUAAACAUUCUCAAUUAAAGUUUCUUAA